AUGGCUACAGAAGAAGACAGGAUUAAACAAAUCAUGAUGCAGCCUCUUCUCACUAAUGGUGUUAUCAUGCAGCCUCGACCCGGCCCAAACUAUAUUUGCCAUCGUUGUGGAGAAAAAGGCCAUUUUAUCAAAUUUUGCCCUACAAAUGGAAACACAGCUUAUGACCUGAAUCCAAAAAGGCUGAAAAGGCCCUCAGGCAUCCCGACCACAUUUUUACAAGUCGUUCAUAGUGUAAACGAUCAAGAAAAAGAGUCGUUGCUCGAGCUUUCUACUGGACAAUACGCAAGGCGUGUAGAAGAUCAUGGAGAUUUCAAAGAAGCCAUGAAAAAAUCAAUAAAAAAGCUGCCUGACUCCUCUUAUUUGAUUGAACAAUUCUUUCAAACUUCCCAAAAGUCUGGAAGGUAAAAUACAAUAAUUUUAUAUAUAAUUUUUCCCCCUAAUUUUUAAAUAAAUCCUUAAUCGAACAAAUGGGCUGUUCGAUCAAGAAUGGAGGAGUGAGGAACUUUCUUGUAAUUUAUGCUUUAAUCCACCUAGAGUUGCAGUUAUGACCAGAUGCUGCAAUUUAACCUUUUGUUUUGAAUGUAUUUCCCCACAACUAGUGCCACCUGAUUAUAAAUGUCCUAAAUGCCAAACACCUAAACAGUAUGUACAUUCAUUAGUUCCAAAUAAUAGGAUGAGGGAAAUAGUGCAGGCAAUUCAGAACGGGACGUUCAAGUCAUAUGAACCGCAAGUAGCUUAA